CCAAUACUGUGUACCGUAAUUAACUUAUCGUAUAUUUUGCAAAAAUAUUAAUAAUAAUAAUUUAAUAUAUUCUAAUGUAAUUUUUUAUAUAAACAUCUAUCCAUGUAUUAUUGACAAAUUAAAGUUUCUUGACAUAUAUCUAAAAUACAAAGAUAACCAAUGAAAAAGUAGUACUCGACAAGAUUUUAGACUCAUUUUUUGUCUUAAACGUGGUCUUAAGCUUAAGUUAAAUUUUAAGUCAGUUAUAUUUGAUUAUCAGAAUUGAUAAUCACUGGUUAUAUUGUACUAUUUAUUGUAUACUCUAUAUACAUAUGUUGAAAAUCUCCAUAAUGUAUUAUAUCUUAUAAUCCAUUAUUUUGUUGGUUGGAAUUUAUAUCAUACAUCAGUUGUUUUAAAUUUGUAUACAAUUUUGAUGUGUUCAAAUGGAUAGUGGUGAUAUUGAUACUAAAGUUGAAAUUCAAAAGACUCUGAUAUCUCUUAACGAAAUAACAUUAAAAAUAAAAAAUGAGUUGAACAUAAUUAAUGACCUCGUGAAAAAGGAUGGACAACUUCACACAGCUGUGGUUGAUGCAAAUAAAACAUUAACUGUAGUAGCCCAAGAUAUGGGCAUAAAUGUUGAGAAUAUUUUAAAUAAUGAGAAAAGUGAAAAUGAAUCUCAAUUCAACUUAAGGGAUAUUAUAUCUUCUGCUGCUUUCCAAGAAAAGAUAUUGGCAUGUUUAAAUAAUAUGUGAUCUUUAUUACUUUUAGUAAACAUUUUGUAUAUUUAUAUUUACAAAUUGUCUUAUAUAAAGAGUAGAAACAAGUA